GCGUGUCCCACCCGGUGCCGCUGGUGCCGCUGACGGAGGAGAACGAGGAUGCCAUGGAGGACCGGCGCUUCCGGAGCCUCCUGCGGCAGCUGGGGCUGCGGCCCCCUGCCAGCGAGCAGGAAUCCUUCUGGCGCAUCCCGGCCGCCCUCACCCCGCAGCAGCUCCGGCGUGCGGCCGCCUCCAUCGCCCACCGUGGCCCCUCAGGAGCCCCCCAGGACCUGCCAGAGCCACCCAAGUGCCCCCAGGACCUGGCUCCAGCAGAGCCGGCAGGGCUGGGAUCGGACUCGGAGAGCGAGGAGCCCGUCCCCGUCCCCAGCCCAGUGCAGCCGCGCACCAAGAGGCGCCGGGAGCUCACCAGCGAGGAUGAGGACGGUGGGAGCUCAGGCACCGAACCGGCCCCUGCGGCUCCCUGCUCCGAGGAGGAUGAGGAGGAUGAAGGUCCACAGCCCCAGGGGAGGCGGAAGCGCAUCCGCUGCCUGGAUGAGGAAGAGGAGGACGACUGAGUGGCUCCCCAUACCACGCCUGUGCCCAGGCCCUGUGCUGUUUCCUGGGCUUUUUGCAGAUUUUAUUGGAUUUCUGCAGGUUUUCUGCAGGUUUUCUGGUGUUUCUACAGGUUUUCUGGGGUUUCUGCAGAUUUUCUUCUGCAGGUUUUGAUGCUGCUUUUAAAGGCUGCACAAGCAACCAGUUUCUUCGCCUUCCCCCACCUUCCCCUGGUGUCACCAUCUCCGUUUUACCCCAAAUUCCCUCUUUUUCUUCAGCUCUUGGGGGUUUUUUUUCCUAAAACUUUUUACGUCUGGACAGGGCCUAAAUAAAUAAAGGUGACUUUUGGCCUUC